CAGGCCCCCAGCCUUUUCCUCCUCUCCGUCCUCAACCGUUCAACGCUAGCCAUCGCCUCCACCGUCCCCGCUGCGCCUCUCCACAUCGUCUCACAUGCCUCCGGCCCUCCGUUCCUCGGCCCUCACCUCCCCCGUGACCGCUAAACCGCGUUCAACCGCGUCCCCCAGAAACAGUCCCCGCAGAGUCCCUCGCUGCACGAAAUGCCGUCGCCCACGAGCGGGCCAUCCUCGCCAGGGCUGUCCCUUCGUCGAUUCAGAGACCCCAACAGAGACGUCCGCCACCCUCAGCCCGGGCCCUGAGCUCUCUCAGGCCCUCGGCACCAUGCUCAACAUAGACGAGCCUCGAGAUGCCUGGGCCGCAGCGACCCCGGGGCCAAGCCGACUCCCUAUGAGGCCCGUGGGUCGCGGCCUCGCUUCCCUCUCCACGAACUCAAGCGCGAUCGUCAGCAGGCUCCUCCAGCCGGGCAUCAUGGACGAUCUCACAGACACGGAGGAUCCAGCCGGUGAGGACGGUCUUCAAAAGUGGCGGGAGCACGUCGCGUCCCCUACGAAAGCCCAGCGCAGGAAGGCCGCGCAGAGGCUGAUGCCUGGGACGUUGAAGACGCCGACGCCUAGCAUGAUCCCCACCGACUCGUCGCCUAGCCCGACGGAUCCUUGUUUUCCGGCGGGCGCGACGAAACCCGACGUCGUCGAGCACGACGCCCUUCCCGUCCCCAGUGCCGUUCCUAGCGAGAGCGGCUCUCGCACCCUCAUCCGCUCAAUGAGCAUGGACGAGCGCAACGCGUUCCUCGAUGGCCUCGCGGACAUCUCAAAGGCGCCGCCGGUGAUGGUGUACCAGGUGCCCAUGGCCGACGUGGCCGCCAUCGCGCGUUCCGCGGCGAAGCUAGGCUUCCAUACGCGGGUCGUCGAGCCGAGGGGGUCAGACGAGGUCGACGGCCUGAUGAUCAUCGCGAAAGACGACGAGGUGGUGGAAAAGCUGUUCGCGACGCUCGGGAAGGACGUGAAGCAGCAGGGUGGAGGGAUGAGGGCCAUCAACGCCGUCGCGGGAGGCGCCGUGGUCGGUGCCGUGGCGACGUUUACGGGGCUGGCGUUCUCGUGAGGCCGCAGGCGGUGUGGCCCGCGGCGUUGAGUGCGCCACGGCUGCGAUUGCGUUGUUAUUGUAGUGUAUGAUUGGAUAGAAAUGGACUGACGGUGUUGUUUGUGAAUUGUUAACGGUUAUAUAUUUGAUAUUGAGGCGGAA